GAUUUAGCGAGACAUUAUAUCUAAACAUGGCGAGCAACUGCUGUGGGGUAAAGAAACAGAAGCUCAACAACUCUAUGCCUUCCAUUUGUAAUGGUAAUUCACAAGCAGGUCAUUCAAGCUAUCAUAAGAAUGGUUAUUCUGCAGUUCUUCCAGAGAUGUGUUUUUUUUGUUUUGAUGUACUACACAGUCAUCUUCACAACUAUGAACCUCCAAGACCUACCCCACCCUUUACAAAUGAGGCAUAGUAAGUAUGACCCAAUUUUGCUAACAAUGUCACCCCUAAAUUAACUUAAAAUUAUCUCCUCAUUUCUAAAAACUCAAAACUACAUAGACAUAAUUUUUCAUUUUUAUUUUUAUGACUUAAGAAAUGAAAAUAUGAUUGUUUUGGUCCAUUAAUUGGCAAUGUUGUUGUUGUAUAUUAUAAUAUGGGCGAGUUCAUUUUUCAUUUAUAGGGGUCAAAGCAUUUACCUCAUCUCAUUAGGAUUUUGCAAUAUUUCAGCACAAAGAAGGUUUCCUGCAUGUGGUCUUAGUUUAAAAAUAGACAUUACGUACAUCAAGGAAAUAAUUAAUUCAGUUCUAUAUUAUUAUUAUUAUUAUUAUUAUAUUAAUAGUUCAUGGAAUAACCAUUUCAACAAUACAAUUAGCAUGCAUUCAUGCAAUUGAAAUAUUGUAUAUACAAAUAUAAAUUAAACUAGGCCCUAAUCUAAUUUUAAAUUAUAAUUUAUAAAGGAGGAUUUUAAAUGCAUAAGGCAAGGCUCAUAAGGUUUUAUUACUGAAGUCAAGUAAGUUCAGUUAUAUAAUUAUAUAUUCUUGUUAUAGGAACUCCUCCAUUCCCAUGUCAUUCACUAUUAUUUUCUUCAUUUUAAUAAGUGAGGGUUGCCAGCUCAAAAUAUAAGAUUUAAUGACAAUGUUCUAAAUCGCAUAAGCCUUAUAUUUAUAUGUUGGGCAGUUGUUGCAAAUGGAUCUCUCAAUGGAGAGUAGUAUUUAUAGAUUUGCAUUACUUUUUCUCAUAGGCGAAGAACUUAAAGGGUGGCCACGACGGCCACGUUGAAAAAAAUGUCACUAAAUAAUUCAGAGAGAGAUGAAACAAAAGACAGCACAAAGUAGUAUAGUUCUUGAAAGAUACUCUAUCAGCUGGAAUGAGUUAGCAAAAGUGAGAACAACACAUUCCUUAAAUAAUAUUGAUCCUUAUACACCAUAGCCAGAAAUGGCUCGCAAAUCUGGUUCAGUCAAGCAUACUCCAACCUGUAUUUGUUACAAAAAUAUACCUAUGCAAAAUAUACCUAAGCAAAAGGCAAAAAAAAGUUGUGUUUGAGUUUGAAGGAUGUCUGUGGUAGCUAUUGUUGAGAAAAUGCAGCAUCUUCUGAAGAACACGGGCUUGAUUUUCAUUAUCGAAACACUGGUCGCCCAGAUCACCCUUUCCGUUAUUGCCCCUAACACGUUAUAAUUCCAGAAUGGCAGAAUUUUUCAACAGUAGACGGCAUACUAUGUUAGUUUGUGCCGUCUUAUUAACUCAGAUUAACUGUCUCUUAGAAUUUUUCUGCUACCCUUUCUCAAACAUGGUCACUUUUCUAGACCACUUAAUCCCUGACAUAUCCGCAAAAACCAUACUCACUUAUGUAUAUUUUAUCCUCUGUUUAGUGACUCAUUUCCAAUAACUACCAAUCACAUCAUCCCAUUUCAUUUCUGGUAACAAAGUAGGCUUCAGCCCAGGGCCUUCAAAAUGUAAGGCUCCACAUUUCUAGAUUCCAGUGAUUAAAAAAAUGAUUACUUGAAAAAAUGUAUCAAUGAAAAUGAGACUUUUAGCAAAUUUAAUCACAAAUAAUUUUUUAAAAGUAAAUGAUGCAUAUUGUGGUGAUAUUGAAAUAAAUAUUUACAUUCCAAUGUUAAUGGAAAAUUGAUACCACCAGGCUUCAAGUCAAUUAUCUUUUUGCCUUUCGUUAGCUAAGUCCUGCCCUGUAUGAGGCCUACUAUUUUAUAGGCAUAAUAGGCAUGGCAUUCUUUUGGCAUGGCCUAUUUUACAUUAAGUAAAAAUAUUGAUGCUUGAAAAUUUUAAAAAGAAGCUUGAAAGUCCCCAAACAGUAUCAUUUUUAAAAAAAAUCCAAACUCCAUGACCAGAAAUUAAAAUUUUUUUCCUAUCAAUCUUAGACUCAAUAUAUUUAAACUACCAUAGUCUAAAUCAGAGACGUAGUUGAGCAAUUUUAUUUUACAAUAGUUCAAUUUGGUCAGGUUGCCUCACAUUGAUUGUAUUGAGUCUAGGGGCUCAUUAUUUAUAACUUCUAUACUUUUUCUAUAUUUUCUAUAGGUACAAUUUUUGGUCAAAAGGAUUGGUAAUCGAAAUUUGUAAAACUUUUACAAUUCAUAUUAAUAAUUAAUAACAUAUACAGAUUGAACUUACUUUUGAUUCUAUAAAUUAUAUAUUGCAAAUGAAAUAGCGUUCAUGAUUGAGCGAUUUCCAUUUAAAUUUUCAGUUUGACCUGAUGUGAAUUUCUUGUUACAGAAAGCCACCUCUCCAGCCCCCAACAUAAUUUGCAAUUUUUUCGCUCAAUAACUUUUUCUUCCUUACUGAAAAACCUGACAUGCUCUUUUUUUUUCUUUAAUGUGGCUCAGUACGUAGUGACAGAUCAGUAGUCUCACUAGGGGUGCAGCGGUGUGGACAGCAGUGGUAGUAAAACCCAACACCAACCUUAGUGCCCCCAUUGAGGCAGAUCCACAUCUUUUUAAAAAUUAUCUGUUUGGAUUAAAUAUAUGUGCCUAAAUAUAUUUAUUUUAAAUAGACAAUUAUUUAUUUCCAGCCCUCUGUUUGUGACGUGGCAGCUAGGAAGAGAAAGACGUUUGCGGGGGUGUAUAGGUACUUUUUCUCCCACCUCUCUUCACAGUGGACUUAGGGAAUAUGCAAUUACCAGGUAAAUUACAAAUUGCCUUGACAAAAUAAUUUUAAGAUGAAUUUUCUGGUUUAAAUGAUAAAGUAUAAUAAACUGUGUCCAACAAAAUUUCCAUUACAAUCACAUGUGCAUGAAUUUAAACCUAUUGACUCGGGUUAAAUUCCUAGCCAGGACAUUUAUUGUGUGACAUCCAUCAAAUUUUUAAGGGGACCAACACUAGCUAUUUAAUUUGCAACUUUUUGCAUUAUAGAAAAAUUGAGUGAUGGAAGAUUAAAGUUAUAUUGCUGGUUGAUGUUAAAAAAAUCCCUCAAAUAAUGGGAAGAGAAUUUUGUUUUCAAAUGAACUCAAAUUUGCUUGAUUAUGUUUAAUAUACUAUAUAGUCUUUGACUUAAGACAGUUUUAUAUCAAACAAUUUCUCUGUUACUGUAGCAGAUUUGGUCAUUAGUUUUAAGUGACAAGAUUCUACAUAGUAUGUUAUAAAUGAUCUUAUAACAUGUCAUUAAAAAAAAGACGACAUAUUAUGCAAAAUUAUAAUAAUCAAAAUCCCUAUUUAAGGAUUACUCAUUUAAAUUUCAGUACACCAGUAGUUAUUUAUAUACACUGGCUACCACAGCAAACUUAUGAAAUGUUCUUUGUGUGUGUUUUACAUAGCCCCAUUUCUAAGUGUGAUGAUUAUAAAGUCAGAUUGUCUUAAGACAAGGAAUAAUUGUAUAAUUAAGCAUAUUUUUAAAAAAAUUAUUUGAAAGUACAAAAAAUAACUGCAGGUGUGAUCCAAUGUUAUUUUAUGUGUUUCAGUGCAGUGAAAGACAGUCGGUUUGAUCCAAUUACGAAAGAAGAGUUUCCGAAACUUCAUUGUUCAGUCUCUCUUCUUACUCAUUUUGAGGAGGCCAUGGAUUACUUAGAUUGGGAGGUGGGAGUGAGUGAGUGAAUGAGUCACGGGCAUUAGAGAAGGCGGACAGAGAGAAAUUAACGUAUUGAGUUGGAGGAUGUGGUUAAAUGAAGUUGUAGGCUGAGCAUUUUGGGAUUAGGUGAGGUGUGCAGUUCCAUGCUUGAGAGGAGUACUAGCAGAGCUUCAAUCACAAUUUAUGUCAAUGGCUAGGGUAACCUCAAGCUGUAGUAAAUUGGUCGGGGGUAAGGGGCAUGUGGAAUAGGUUAAGAGAGACAUUAAAUAAAAAUUAAAUAAUAUUCUUGAUUCAUAAUUUUUUUUUAAUGAAUCAGUUUUUAAAAAAAACAAUUGUUUAAAUGUGAGCUUAAUAAAUACAUUAGUGGCAAAUUUGAAAACAAAAGUGAUCCAUUUACUAUUCAACUCAUACUUUGAUUCCUGUGAGGUAAAAUAUUAGUGCAAUAUUUUACCUUUUUAAUUGAACAAUGCCGAAAUGCUUCUUAAUUUUCAGUUGGGUGCCCAUGGAAUUCGCAUUGAAUUUAUUAAUGAAAAAGGUCACAAAAAGACUGCAACAUAUCUUCCCGAGGUAGCAGUUGAACAAGGUGAUAUUAAGUGUAAUGAAUUAAGGCUUCAAAUUUUUCUCAACGAAAAUAGAAAAUUCAUGAAAAAGAUUUUUUGUGUCAAAUAUGCUCAACAGAGAACUCAUUCAUUUAUUAUAUUUUAGCUAGUUAUGUUAUGAAGUCCAGAUUGAAUAUGUAGGCCAUUUUAAUACCAUAUGCAUAAGAGAUUAAAUUUGAAUGCCUAAUUACUGGCAUAGUUUUUGGCUAAAAAAAUCAAAUUUAACUGAAAUUUAACUCUUUUUAAAAAUUUCCAUGUCUACAUUGAUUCAUAAAUUUGUAAAAAUCUUUAAGUCUAAAGUAAUGUUAUAAUCUCAUUCAAAUUUCCAUUUUCUGAUUGUCACUCAUAAAUAAAAUAUUAAUCAAAAUAAAAAAUUUGAGUUAGAAUUGACUUAUAAAAAUUUAAAAUAGUUUUAUUUUCCAUUUCAUAAGUUUUAAACAUAUCUAAAUUUUAUUUUGGCCAGGCUGGGACAGGGUGCAGACAAUAGACUCUCUCCUCCGUAAAGGAGGUUUCAAGGGACCAAUCACUCCUGAGGUGCGAAAGUCUAUACGAAUGACCCGCUACCGCAGUGAAAAAAUCACCAUUGCCUACAGUGACUAUGUUGCUCAGAAACAGAAUGGAAAUGCAUGAUGUCACGCCCGCCUCGAAGUCACUAGGCAGCAGCAGCAGCUUGAGCAGCAAGACCACCAGUCCAGCACCGCCAUCAUCGUCAUCAGUCUCACCAUUACCAUAUUUAGUCUUGUUAAUAUUAUUUUCAUUGUCAUGACCAUUGAAGCAUCAUUUUAAAUGGGAAAUUUAAUAAGCAAAGCUGACACCUCUCCUAUGGGAAUUCUGUAAUUAAACCUUUUGGUAGGAAAGAAACAGAAUUUUAAUGCCAGGAUCUUUCUAGAAAAUCUAUCUAUUGUUUAACUCCCCCGCCCCUUCCUGUUCAGCUAACGUUCUCUUACCUUCAAUGGCUUACGCAAUUGAAUUCAAUAUUUUUAAAAAUAUAGAUAGAAAAUGAAAAGAGUUUUAAGAAAACAACUUUAAUGCAACUAAUAUUUGCCACAUGCUGGUUUUUUUUAUGGAUUGAACGAGCCUCAAUAUGCCACAUUUCAUUGUUUUAGUUUUUCCUUUAGCAAUUGCUAAAUCUCUACUCAAACCUCAAUAUGAAUUUUUUAUAUUUUUUUAUUAUAAAAGAACAAAAGCCUUAGCUUUGUAUUUUCAAGCGCUAAGUACUAAUAGCUCUUUUUUAGUUUGAGAUAGAAGCUAAUAUUAUGAUAGUAAAAUUGAAGAAUAUCAGAGUCAAACAAGUUUUUCCCAUAAAUAUGAAUAAGAGUAGAGUAAUGUGUUAUAUAAAUAUGAACUAAUAGUAACUAAUAGUUAUUUAAUCGAGUCCCUUUUCAGAGCCAAGCAUAUUUAGCUUAAACAGAUCAGUGGCAUUUCACAGUUUUGUUGUAACAAGCAUUUGACUUUAGUUUUGGAGAGUGUGGGGGAGGGCUUCAUUUCAUCAGUGUACUAUCUCAAAAUGGAUAUUUUUGUACUUUUGAGAAUUUAUCUGAAUAACCAUCACCCAUGAGUAAACCGUAAUUGUGCAAAACAUUUGCAGUAAGUUUACCCCUGCCAUACUAAAACUAAAUCAAAUUUUAUCUUUUUCCUUCAGAGAUGAUUAAUUAAUUGUAUCUCAUUUCUUAAUCUAAAUGUUCUAAUCUUUUCCUUUGCAAUGGCAAAUUGAGAUUUGAUUUUUGUUUCUAUACACUGCAGCAAGCAGUUUUUGUUAACAUUUGGAGGGUUGAAAAGUCAUUUUAAAUAAACACUUGGAACAAUUCUUAAGUUUCAACAUUACUUUUUUUUUUAAUCUACAAUUUGAUGAUUGGCUUAAUUUACAAAAGCUUUUAUAAAAA